UUUCUUUGGUUAAUAAAAUCCAAAAGGUUUAUCGAUCCCAGGGAGUACACAUCCAUAAUAGACAUAUCGAGAUUAUUGUGCGUCAAAUAACAUCCAAAGUCUUGGUUUCAGAAGAUGGAAUGUCUAAUAUAUUUUUACCUGGCGAACUAAUUGGAUUAUUGCGAGCAGAACGAACGGGGCGUGCCUUGGAAGAAGCAAUUUGUUACAGAGCUUUAUUAUUGGGAGUAACAAAAACAUCUCUGAAUACUCAAAGUUUCAUAUCCGAAGCGAGUUUUCAAGAAACUGCUAGAGUUUUAGCAAAAGCCGCUCUUCGGGGUCGUAUUGAUUGGUUGAAAGGUCUUAAAGAGAAUGUUGUUUUAGGGGAAAUGAUACCCGUUGGUACCGGAUUCAAAAGAAUAAUGCACCGUUCACGGUCAAGGCAACAUAACAAGAUUACCCGGAAAAAAAAAUUAUUCGAAGUAGAAAUUAGAAAUCUUUUGUUCCAUCACAGAAAAUUAUUGGAUUUUGCUAAUUUCAAAGAAUUUAUGUGAUACAUUACAAAUAUAGGAUUAAAUGCUUCCUAAAAGCGGGACUCAUCCCCUUAAAUCUUUAAAUGCAGUCAUUUGAUUUGGUAAUUAAAGUAUAAUAAAAAAUAAUAAUAAAUAGAAAUCAAAGAAUGGCCUGAUUCUAUAUUAACGGCCGAUCGUCUAUAAAAGAGAAGGUUCCAUCGGAACAAUUAUUUAUUGCUAUUUCAGGAUACUGGGUCUCUCUCUUUUUUUUUUUUUUAAACAAAGUGUGGGGAUAAAUGACUAAAAGAUAUUGGAACAUAACUUUUGAAGAGAUGAUGGAAGCUGGGGUUCAUUUUGGCCAUGAUACUAGGAAAUGGAAUCCUCGAAUGGCACCUUUUAUAUCGGCAAAACGUAAAGGUAUUCAUAUUACAAAUCUUACUAAAACUGCUCGUUUUUUAUCAGAAGCUUGUGAUUUGGCUUUUGAUGCAGCAAGCAAAGGAAAACAAUUUUUAAUUGUUGGUACAAAAAAAAAAGCAGCCGAUUCAGUAACACGGGCUGCAAUAAGAGCUCGAUGUCAUUAUGUUAAUAAAAAAUGGCUCCGAGGUAUGUUAACGAAUUGGUAUACUACAGAAACGAGACUUGGUAAGUUCAGGGACUUGAGAACGGAGCAAAAGACGGGGAAACUGAACUCUCUUCCAAAAAGAGAUGCGGCUAUGUUGAAGAGACAAUUAUCUCAUUUCGAAACAUAUCUAGGCGGUAUCAAAUAUAUGACAGGGUUACCUGAUAUUGUAAUAAUCGUUGAUCAGCAAAAAGAAUAUACGGCUCUUCAAGAAUGUAUCACUUUAGGAAUUCCAACGAUUUGUUUAAUCGAUACAAAUUGUGACCCAGAUCUUGCAGAUAUGUCGAUUCCGGCUAAUGAUGAUGCUAUAGCUUCCAUCCGAUUAAUUCUUAACAAAUUAGUUUUUGCAAUUUGUGAGGGUCGUUCUAGCUCUAUACGAAAUUAUUGAUUAAUAAUAAGAUAAAUCCAUUUUUAGAUUUGGUUGGGCGGUCAUAGAUUUUUGGAAUUGGGUAUUAUAGCAUUACAAAAUUGUGUAAAAAGAAA